GCGGCGGUGCCCGCCGGCUUUCUCCCCCCCCCCCCCCCCCCCCCUCCCCUCCUCCCGGCCCCCCGUCCCCAUGGCCGGGCAGGAGUGGGACUGGUUCCAACGCGAGGAGCUCAUCGGGCACAUCAGCGACAUCCGAGUGCAGAACCUCCAAGUGGAACGGGAAAAUGUACAGAAGAGGACCUUUACCAGAUGGAUAAACCUGCAUUUGGGAAAGUGCAAGCCUCCGCUGAAAGUGAAAGACUUGUUUAUUGAUAUACAAGAUGGCAAAAUCUUGAUGGCGCUGCUGGAAGUCCUGUCAGGGCAAAAGCUGAUGCAUGAAUACAAAUCUUCAACACAUCGCAUUUUUCGUUUGAACAACAUAGCCAAAGCACUUAAGUUCUUGGAGGACAGUAAUGUAAAGCUUGUUAGCAUCGAUGCAGCAGAAAUAGCAGAUGGCAAUUCUUCCCUGGUACUUGGACUAAUAUGGAAUAUAAUCCUGUUUUUUCAGAUUAAGGAGCUGACAGGCAACCUCAACAGGAACUCCUCCUCCUCCAGCCUGUCCUCCGGGCCCAGCGGCCCAGAGUCAGACACAUCCCACCCCAGCACUCCCAGCGUGGAGAGAAACAUGGCCAUCACAGUGAAGGAUCAGCGGAAAGCCAUCAGAGCCCUUUUAGUCUGGGUUCAGAGGAAAACCAGAAAGUACGGUGUUGCAGUUCAGGACUUUGCCAGCAGUUGGAGGAGUGGCCUUGCUUUCUUAGCUGUCAUCAAAGCAAUAGACUCUACUUUAGUAGACAUGAAGCAAGCGCUGGAGAAAUCGUCUCGAGAAAACCUGGAGGAUGCUUUCAGCAUAGCACAAAAUAAGCUGGGUGUUCCUCGGCUCCUAGAACCAGAAGAUAUCAUGGUGGAGUCGCCCGAUGAACAGUCAAUUGUGACGUACGUGGCGCAAUUUCUGGAACACUUCCCAGAGCUGGAAGGGGAAGAUUUUACAGAUCCGGACAAGGGACUUCCAAUUGAGUCCACUUACGUCCACAUCAAAGACACACCCUCCGAAAAGGAAGGCAAAAUCUUGAUUUUAAGUGAAAGUGAAGAAAGCAUGUAUACUGUUAAUCACGAAAGGAGCCAUCCUGCUCCUCCAAAGGUUCACAUUGAUGACAUCCCCGAGAGAAUCCCAUCAGAGACAGCUGCUGAAGAAUGUAACGGGAAAUUGAGUCAAGCGUUAGGGGAUUCGCAGGAAAUGUCUGAGGAGGAGCCUCAGAGGCCCACCUCACUGAAAAUCACAGGAUCUGUCAGUUUUGAAUCCAAUUCCUCUUGGGAGGUUCUAAGUGAUAAAUCCGUGCCAGGUGAAGGGGGCAUACCUGAUGAUCCACUGAAACAGAGUGAUGACCUUUCUCCAGCUGUUCUGACAGAUCAGAAAAACUCUGUUGACUCUUUUGAAGACUACUCUGAAGAAUUAACUAAAGAAACCUCUACUGAAUAUGACAAUGAAACUAAGAGCCUUUCAGCCAAUACUUCUUCUUUGAGUCCAUUAUCCUGGACUUCAGGUAUACUUACGGAUGAAUCUAUUAAUAAAGUAGAAGAGAGCAAACCCCAGACUUCGAUUCUUUUACCAGAAGAUACCUCGAAACAGGAAGAUACGCAUAAGUAUGUUCUCCAUCUUCUAAAUGAGGAAAUUCUGAAGCUUCCGCAAAAUGAACAUACAGAGCAAUCCCCUGUCUUUGAAACAACGGAAACUAGCCACUGUCCACUGAAUGGUUCUAAUCUCCGAAGCCAAGAACUAUCUACACAGCAUGAAACAUCCGAUGACUCUCUCUCAGAUGAACCUAAAAAUCCAGAGGACCUGGACAGCUGUGAUGAAGUUGAGUCUUCAGCUGAAGUGCUGCCCAGUUCUUCAAAAGUAUCUGUAAUACCCCACGAUCUCUUCUAUUAUCCGCAUUAUAAUGUUCCCAUAUCGGCAGUUUUGAACGCCUACCUUGAGCCUUGCAUUGAAGGUUAUGGUACUGGAAAUGACAGUGCUGCUUCUGAAACAGGAACAGAGGUUUUGCAUGAGAAGGGCUUACCAGAACAGAACUACGAGGAAGAUGCUCCAGAGCCAGAUUUAGAGAAUAAGCUAGCUGUCCCUUCGCCAGGAGUCGAUACUGAGAACGGUGAGGAGGAGACAAGAGACAUUAAUAAUCACGGGAGCUCUUGUGAUGAAAAAGAAGUACCAUUGCUAGCGGAAGAGUUAGAAAUUGAAAAAGGUGGCAGAAAGGCCACCAACCGUCAAGAUUCCACUAUUCCACAACAUCCGGAGCAGGUCAUAGUAGAACAUCUGGAGGAUUUAUCAAAAGCCAUAGAGAGACCAGAAAAAAGUAGUAAGAGGGAGGAAGAAGGGAAAACCACAAUCAAAGUGGAAGACUUGCAGAACUCAGAAGUUUCCACUACCACUCUGUCACGAGAUAAACUGGAAGAAAUUGCUGACUGUCAGGAGUUUGCCAGAACCAGUGACAGUGAUUCCAAUAUUUAUCUCCGAAAAAGAUCUCCUAAUACUUCAGAGCAGGAAACCUAUGGUGUAAAUGAGGCGAUGAUGACAGAUACGGGUGAAAAUCCAUUGAUCAUCAGGAAGAAAAAGGACUUGGAAGCAAGUGAUGCUCCAGCACCAACUCAUGAGGUUACAAUUGCUGAGCAGCCAGAGCUUCUCUACUUCAUCAUUUUCUUCUGGGUGCUGGUCUACUGCCUUCUACUCCUUCCACAGCUUCUUAGAAACAAAGUUUGAUUUCUGUGAGACGUGGAAAAACACCAGAUGGUGGCUGGAUUGCUUUGUGUAUCUGCAUAUGAAUGUGUUCCUUUCAGGUGAAGCACAAACAGAAAUGUAGGACCUGAUGUUUGUGUUUAUUAUCAGGUUGUCCUCAAUUUCUCUACUGUUGUGCUAUGACAACGUCUAAGCACAUUUUAUAUUAUGACAGUUGUAUAAAUAUAUAUAAAAAAAUGACCUGAUUUAGUAGACGCCAUUUUGUACAUUUGUGCCUUGCUUUAUAAGAUGCUAAAUAAAAACAGGUAAUUAUCAGUAGAAGUAUGAACAAUUCAGAGCUCCAGUCUUCAAAAAUUAUUCUUCUGGCUUCAUUUACUUAUGCAGGACCUGACAGCUGUGGAAGAGGGGUGGUGUUGGCUUGCCCAUCAAUCUGGCCCACCUGCAAGGGGCAAGACUGGAAAUGCUUUUUCACGUUUUCCAGGGAAUUCUUUGAGAGAGCUGAAGGUGGUGGAACAUGCUGACCCCGGGAAUUGAUUACAAUUCCAAUGGCAAUCCAGUUGAGCAACAAAAUCAGAUUGAGAGUUUAUGGGCUAGGGGAGUUCGGAUUUUUUAGGAUUUAAAGUAAUUUUUAUCCUGCGCCUUUUGCUACGCUUAAUUUGCAGGAAUAAAUUGGGCGUGGAGAAGUGUGAAGAACAUACAGGCUAGCUGCUUCUUAGGAAGGGUCAUGCAGGAAGGCUUAGCCCAGAAACUUCUGUAGAGAAUACCUGCAGAAAUACACUUUUUGUACAUUACUGGUGGUGGCCGUCUUUGAAAAGAUGUUCAAGAAGCUUAACAAUUUUAUCAGGGACAGAUACCAUGGUUCUGGAUUUGCUUUUUUUUUUUUUUUUUAGAAAAGUACCUCGCUGCUUCUGAGGCUGCUUCUGCUUCCUUUUCUCUGCAGCUUUUCCUUUCCGGAUCGUGUGAAGAUUUCUCUUUUUUUGAAGAUACAAAAAAUAAUAGGUAACCUAAUUUCCUGAGGCUACUGUUAAGGUUUAAGUGCAUGGUAAAAGGAUUAGAAAUAUCCUUUAAGUGCCCAAAUCAAUAAAGAAAUUACAGGUGUAAAACUAAACACAGAGAAAUGUUGACAGCCCGUAUUGACUUUCUAGUGAAACUGAAGAGACUCUUGAGUCUUGUCCAUAGACACAGUUGAGCCAUUUCUGCCUCUUGUAAUUUUUGUCCACAUCAGUGAUCAUUACAGGAUAUUUGAUUUAGGAUUUUUGCCAGGGGUUUACAUUGCAUUACCAUGCAUUACAGGACAAAAGGGAAGUCUUCAAACUCAGUUUAACAGCAGUUACUUUUCUCUGUGCGACUUUUAGUGAAGUCACUGUUUUUCAUUGGCACGUUUUUACUUUUGUAGUAUGCUCGAUGAAACUACCUCGUGUUGCUGCUACCACCUGAAAAUUCGUAAGGUUGACUUCAGUGUGCUUCAUAAAAUGAGGCAUUUAAUUUUCAUAAAUGAAAAUUAAAAUAAUAAUUUACAUGGAGUGGAAGUGACAACACGUGGCUGUAAGUUUUACAUACUUGGUUUUAGCGUAAGGUGUAUUUCUCUGCCCUGGCUUAGUUUUCAGCUGAACUAAUAGUACCUGGGAUCGGGAUACACCAGAAUAUAUAGCAAUUUAUGUGCAGGCAUUUAAAAUGUGUUUAUAGUCAUGUUAUCAGCUGGGGUAAUCCUAAUCGUCCAUCACACUUCAUUCUUCUUUAUAAGCUUUUUGUUUCCCUGGAAUUUGCCUUCCAAGUUGCAGUUAGAAUUCAGUAAUAGCAGUGCAUGGCAGGAGGUCCUAAACAUUGAAGAGAGAAUUCUGAACCUCUUUUAGUCAACAGAAAGCUGAAAUCUUUCCUAUUCUGGCCUGUCACUGUUCACUAGAGCUGGAUUCACCCCAUGAAAGUAAAAAUAAGAUCCUUUGUGCUUGGUGAGGAACAGAUCCAAACUUCCCAAUUUAAUUCAGUAUAAAUCAACAUAAGGGAAAAAAAAAUAGCGUUUCAUCUUGUUGAUGCAAAUGUUCAGCAUUUGGAGUCAUCUGAUUUUGUGAUGCACAAACCUCUUUGUGCUUGUUGAUGCAGACAGUGAUACUUUCUUCCAAAAGAAAAAUUGUCUUAGAAUUUUUGAAGAUGCUUUCUUGAAGUAGGCUAAAAUAUCACAUUGAAGGGCUAGGGCUUUUUCUCUGAAAGAGUAAGUUAAUACGAGAACCUUUAUAGGCUUAUCCUGACAACCAGUAAAUACCAGACUGGGGUAUGCUGGCUAUUUCAUAGCAGCAAGUAGCACUGUACCUUAGUUUCAAGCAAAAGUGCCGACAGCUCUUUGUUACGUGCCACUUUUCGUAGGCUCCUUUGGUUUAUGACAACGUUUUCUGAGGCUUUGUAUCUUACUCUCUGGUUCUUCCAUGUUUCUUCAGCGGAGAUUAUCUGGGGUUGGAUUACAGUCUGUUCAGAGAACUCUUCUGCUAUCAAAGUUCAGUCUAGUAAAGUAAUCACCCUUCUGUCUCCUCUCCUUCCUCCCAAUAAAAUUAAUCAGAACGAGGCGGUCUUUGGAUGUCUCAGCAGCUAACACUUAUAAAGGAUGGGGAAGUUGCACUGAUGCUGGCAGCUUCGUUACAGAGUGUUUUCUUCCAAAAGGGAGAAACCCCAGGGUUUUCUUUCCUGCCUCCCACUGAUGAACGGUGACUGAAACAGUGAAAUGAGCAGUGCAGAUGUCAAACAGCAUCCAGCACUUGUCUUGAUCAUCUCAUCCAAUGUUUAAAAUGACGUACGCUUUCCAGCCUCUCCUAUUAAGAGAUGGAGGUUGUUUCUUCCAUGCAAAAUAGUUGAAAAAAAUACCGAAUUAGUCCAUGAUAUUUACGUUGCUUUCCAUAUUCGGGUUUGUUUGGCUGUGUUUUUCUAGAAAAGAAGAAGUCUACCUUCCUCAGCCAUUCUACGGGUAAGAUCCAGGGUAAAGAGUUAAGAGUGAUUAUACUGGGAUGGUCAGCUGUGCGUGGAGAGACUGAGCUCUUCAGGAGUUUUGCCAUUACUUGGAGCCACAAAAAAUGGCAUCUGCAUAAGCAGCAGCUUCCCCCACUUAAAUUGACUUCUAAGCCUGCAUCUCUUCUUCCACAGUGCCAGAUCGAACCCCUCAAUGCAAGUGCCCUAUUCUGAAAACACUGCUUGCUGUUAUUUAUGUCCUAUUCUGAGCUUACAGUCUAAAAGCCUGAUUGUGAAGCAGUCGCUAUGGCAAAGCCUGUUUUAACUUGUUUGGCUAGAGGACUGGCUUGAGGUAGAGAUUUUAAAGGCUGGUGGGCAACCUGUCAUCCAUCCAUUUUCCAACAGAGAGGUACAUAAGGAAGUUUUUCCUGAAUUUUUGCCUGGCUUUUUGAAAAAUGCUAAGCUCGAACUGACUGCAUUUGGUAUUUUGAUUUAGCAGCAGAAUUCAGAUACACAAGGGUACCAAUCUCAUAAAAUCGGUUCUAAAACCUGUUGUUGCUGAGCAAAUGUGUGGGUAGCAGAGUAGUGUGGAGUGGAAGUGUCAGGAAGUGCUUGAGGAUCACUGGAUAAAGGAUGUUUGGUGUUCACAGAAGCACCAUUAAAGACUGAGAGACAACUGUAAUAGGAUGGUUCAAUGUCACUGUAGUCAUGUAACUUCACUGUAAAGUGUUUCACUGUGAUUUUAUAGAAAGGGCAAGGAAAGAUACACUAUUCAGACAGAACCACGGUAAACAUUUAUGGGGCAGAUGUCUUAGAGUUGAAGAAAUGAGAUAAACAGUCACAUAAUCUGCAAAUUGAAUUGAAUAUAGCCUUUGCCAAACUGUAGGAAAUAAAUGAUCAGUGCAAAGAUAGGGCAAGCACAGAUUACAGUACAAAAAAAAAAAAAAAAAAGACAAUCACUUUUCAAUGCCAUGAAUAUUUUUGAUGGAUUGAGCUCUAAAAUGUAUUUUUAUUGAGUUUCUAGAUUGUAAUGAAUGUGUCUACAGAAUUUUAUGCAAAGCUUGAGAGUUCAGCUGUUUUAAAAUGAUUUUUUAUAUAGCAGUGAUUAUUUUAUCUAUAUAUUUAAUAGAACUGUAAAACCAUUUUAAAAGUACCUGUAAAAUUCUAUGUAUGUGAUAUGAUUAUUUAUUAAUUAUGACUCAUGAGAAUGAACAUUAAGCUAUGCAUCAGUUGUGCCAUCCAUUUGAAUACUGGAAACUGCAAACAGGAUGAUAGUUUUUAAUGAACAGAUGACUUGAAAAACAUGGGAAAUGAUUGAAUACAAUUGUGUGGUUCUUAAAGCUGCAUAGCAGGGUGUCAUUUUGCGAUGUUAAACUUUCAGCUAAAGUUGCAAAAUAUACUAUACUGAGUGAUUAAGCUACUUUCUUCCAUUAAAACUUGCUGAGGCUGAAA